UCUACAGUGACACCGUGAAAGGGAGGGGGAGGACGAGAGCUGAGCAGUGAGCAAUAGUUCACUGGAUGUGGGAUACAGAGUGGGAUCUGCAGCAGAACAAGAUCAGAUAGCAGAUAUACCAAGAAAGUGUAAGACUCUCGACUGGCCAUGAAUCUAAAAUAAGCUGUGAGGAAUUGAUUUUUUGAUUGGAUUGGACCCUACAGACCAUGUGAGCUCUACAGACAUUUAAUUUGACUGUGAUCAAGUCGUUGUGCUAUUUCGGGGUACAAAAUUAUGACUUCUGUGAUCCACUAAAGUCAUUUUCUAAUUUCUUGUCUGUUUCUGAUCAACUGGAUAUCAAUCGAGCAGUAACUUUGGAGGACUUGACAGUGGGAGUGACUGUAAUGCUCUCCUCAUUGAGUGGAGAAGGAGAAGCGUUAAAACUUGGAGGCAUAGACAUGAUGGUACUCUGUGGCCAUUUACUUUUCUGCCUCAGGAGGAUAGAGUGGUUCUACCCGUAACAGAAGCGAAGAGUUGAAGAAACAUGCAGCAGUUUGGCUAAAAGACUGGGAGAUCUGGAAGAAAAGGAAAGCUGGAAAUUAACAUUUAUUGGGAACACUUGCAGACAAGGAAACUACUUUUGUGUCUCACCUUUCAAUUCCAGUUGACACUGAAUCAGUUUUGGACGGAGCUGUGCACUUCCUGUGAGCCUGGGUAGUUUUGUGGGCUGGGCUAAAGCCACGUGGCUGUGCCCCACUGAGGCAUGAGUGUCGGAAGGGCCCACCACCACAGCUUCGUGUCCUGUGAAGAAGAAGGCCUGAGACUAAGUACCAUGCCUGCAGUCGGCAGCUUCGGCAAUGGCAAGAUUCAUACAAGACGCAAAUACCACAGCCGGUUUGUCAGCAAAGCUGGCCAAUGCAACAUCCAUUUCUCAAACAUGGAUGAGAAGUCACAGCGGUACAUGUCUGACAUGUUCACAACUUGUGUGGACAUCCGCUGGCGAUACAUGUUCCUGCUAUUCAGCCUGGUGUUUGUGGUGUCCUGGCUAACAUUCGGCCUGGCAUUCUGGGUCAUCGGUCUCCUACACGGUGACAUGGACCAUCCCGGAGAGGACGACAGUUUUGUUCCUUGUGUGACACAGGUCAACACCUUUGUGGCAGCUUUCUUGUUCUCUAUUGAGACCCAGACAACCAUUGGGUAUGGCGCUCGCUGUGUAACAGAGGAAUGCCCGGCUGCUGUCUUCAUGGUGGUCUUUCAGUCCAUCAUGGGCUGCAUCAUUGAUGCCUUCAUGAUCGGUGCCAUCAUGGCCAAGAUGGCACGGCCCAAAAAGCGUGCAGAGACUCUACUAUUCAGCCACAAUGCAGUCAUUGCUCUGCGUGAUGGGAAGCUGUGCCUCAUGUUCAGGGUUGCCAAUCUAAGGAAGAGCCACAUUGUGGAAGCUCAUGUGCGAGCCCAGCUUGUCAAGCCCCGUUAUACAGAGGAAGGCGAAUAUAUCCCCCUGGAUCAGAUUGACAUGGAUGUAGGCUAUGACAAAGGUACAGACCGCCUGUUUCUGGUUGCACCCCUCACUGUCAUACAUGAGAUUGAUGAAGAAAGUCCACUGUUUGGCAUCAGUAAGCAAGAUCUGGAAACAUCUGACUUUGAGAUAGUAAUCAUACUUGAAGGGUUGGUGGAGGCCACAGCUAUGACGACGCAAGCGCGAAGCUCUUACCUGCCAUCAGAGAUCCUGUGGGGUCACCGCUUUGAGCCUGUCAUCUUUGAAGAGAAGAGCCAGUACAGGAUAGAUUAUGCCUACUUCCACAAAACAUUCGAAGUACCAUCCACUCCCAGAUGCAGUGCAAAGGACAUGGAGGAGAGAAAAUUCCCAACAUCUGGCGCCAACUCCUUCUGCUAUGAGAACGAGCUGGCCUUCAUCAGCAGGGAUGAGGAGGAGGAGGGAGAUGAGCAGAAAGACACAAAGUGUUCAUCAGAGCUAGUGAAUGAGCAGGCCACUCCUGGACGUGAUCAAAUUUCCUCCCGUAGAGAAUCAGAGAUGUAACUUUUAGCUGUUGCUUGUUUUGUUUGUUUCUGGCGUCAUGAAGAGCCCUAUGACUGUCAUUCUACUGACAUGAGGAUACCACUAAAGACAUUUUCGCUGCAGGUGGAGAAACAGACAUUUCUAAUCUCUGUCAUACAAGCAUAGAUGAAGCUCAUCACUUUUCUCACUGGAUUAACUUUUUGCUUCCUUGAGAUGGUUAUUGAGCUUUAUCAAAUGCAAACAAAACUGUCAUGUUUCAAUUUGCAGAUGAUCCUAGUAAUGAAGUGCAUGACAAUAGCAUAGUUUUGUAUGAAAAUUUGAGAAAUGUUUCAUAGUUUUGGUGAGACUAUCUGUAAGUGCUGUUCACAGUCCUUAAAUAUAUGACUUACAACUGAGUGUGGAGUGAAAUUGACACUUUGCAGGUGAAACCUGGAGGACUUAUUUGGUAAAAACAGCAGAGUAGAUCAACAGUGGAUUUUUAUCUUAAUGCUAGAACUUAACAAUAAGACUCUAAAUAUUCUACAUAAUACAAUGAUGAGUUGGUUAGUUGGCAUACAACUGAUAUACAUACAUAGUAUGGACUGCAUGCAACUACGGGAGACACAUGACAAGGUAGAGUUAUAAACAUUUCCAUCACAAAAAGGGAAAACACACUUGAUGGUGCAUCAUAUAUGCAUACUAACAGGGAAAACUAUUCAUCUCUGUCUUAACAUUGUGGGAAACACUUGACCUGAGUAGAUGUUAAGUAUUUUUAGUAGUUUUCCACCAUUUGAAGUUUAACUGUUGCCCUUUUAGUUACAUCAUCUCGUUGUGCCGUUGGUUUUAACAGCACCUGACUGGAGAAUUAGCCCCACUAACUGUUUAUCUCGAAGCCCUUAUAUUCCACAAUUAGAUCAGAUUAAUGGCACUUUUGUGUUUCUGUGGACAGAAUGCAUUUAUUUGUUAACAAUGCCUUUAUUGUAUUGUAUUUAUCAAAGGCAGACUAAUGUAGAAAGAUAGAGCUGGCAGCAGCAGCAACGCUCAGGUGCGUGAGCCGCAAGGUAGCCUCACACACUGCUCAUCCAGGCACUGUGGCCUGGGCGUUAGCAUAAAGCUAACAGGUCCCAGGUAAAAAGUAAGUGUCCUCAAGGAAUUGGUUUUGCUUUGUUUUGCUUUGUUGUUUUUAGUUUAAUGUUGCCUUUUGGGGAUAAACGUGAUGGGUACACUGGGUAACGUAACUGUAACCCACACAAAAUGAUGUAGUUUGAAAUGCUGCUGCUCUUGGAGGUAACACUGGGUCAAGUUACUACUGCAGGUAAACUAGUAAGAUGUUGUCGGACAUGUUAACGCUUGAGGCUUUCUUUAGAUCAGACAAACACACUGGUUAAUCUAUUCCUUAUACACUUGCUCUUGUAUUUUUGGGAGAAGGUAAAAAAAACCCCACCAUCCUCCACGUUCUUUAAAUGCAAUAUUUGUUCUAAAUGGAAAUACAAUACAGCUGUACACUACCUCUGUAUUUAACAUAUGACACCUUUUCUCUUUAUAAAUGUGCUGCUGAAGGUCAAACAACCAUAAUCAUGACCCGUGUGUAUUUAAAAAUAACAAAAUUAGAAAUAACCAAAGACAAAUAACAAACACCUCAAAGUUCAGCCCUGUCUGUAACCUCAGGACAUAAAAACACAGUCUGAGUAGGAUAAUCUAACUGUAACUCCGCACAUAUUGGUUAUCAAAGACUUGACACAAUUUUGGAGGGCCCCCACAGGCAAUAAAGGAGUCUAAUUAAAGUCAUCUGAAAUGAAACCCUGUCACAUGCAUGGCCCAUGGGAGACAGAGUGGAGUAAUACUGCGACACAUCUGUGCUCUAUAUUAAGUUAAAACGUCAAUCCAAAAAAACAAAUAUUGACCAAAGGGAAGCCCUGGCACUCAACAUGAAAUACAGUACUCAGAAUAUCUCUUCAAGAGCUUGGAUAUUGAUGGGAAGCCAACGUCGAUUCUUGAAGGUUUUAGAUGUUGUAGGGACACGUUUCUUACAUUCACAUGUUCUGUAAUCACUCAUGAAGAAUAUAUAUAGUUGUGACAGUAAAAUCAGGAUGUUCUAACACGUUCUUACUCAUAUUUAGAUUGAGUAUAGACUCAUUGUAAUGUCUUUAUAGAUAUUGUAUCAGAUAAUACAUGACAAAAAAAUUACCUUGAGAUUAUGUCACAAUAAUAAAACUAAUGUCUAUCUGGAGUGUAAACGAAUCAAACCAGACCCUUUGGUAUAUCAUUAAAGUAUAUUAUGUGAAAAACAUUGGCUUAAUUGUAAUCAUAUGUUUCAUACAGACAUUCAGAGCUUUGAGGGAAGAGCGUCCUAGUUUCACUCAGAGCUGCUCGUGUUGUGGUGGAUUACACACACGGAUACAAAUAACAAUAUAAUUCGCUUUGUGAAAUCAACGCUGUCCAAAAAAAGCAUUGAUUGAUAAAAUGUUUACAUUCAUUCGGUUCUACUAUUCAAUCCAUUGAUGUCAAAUAAUAGGUUAUGUUGUUUUUCUGUGUUCUUGGCCUGAGGCAUUAUUAUUUAUCUUCCUUUAUUAUUAAUAGGACAAGUGAUAAAGAUAUUGGGUCAGACUGUGCACCACUGUGUUUCACUUAUCCCAGGUGAGAUGAAUUAGUUUUCCCUCCACAUUUCUCAAACUAAAAGCUCCAUGUGGGUUAACUUAUACACCUGACUGCCAUUUCAGCACAUUUCAACACAUUUGUAUUUAUAUCUUGCUGACUUGUGCUGAAAAUAUCACAAUAGGUUUGCCCUAGAAAACAAACGGUGGUUCCACUGGCAUUUGUGCCAAGAGCAGGGCCAAGGACUUUGACAUGUAGAGUUCGAGGGAAGAACUCUAAUUUGUACAUUUGUCAGGGCCGUUAUUGUAAAUACAUUUAUUUAUUUUUUUGGUUUCAUGAUCUUUCUGGCUUAAUAGACACUAAGUAUUAAUACAUUAUUUUAAAAAGUCAGUGUUAAUAUCACAGGUUUCUUGAGCAAAGCAAGAAACCGGAAAUACUCUCUUUGCUUGAUGGACUGAAAUAAUGUCUACUGACCUCUUCUUGUCUUCCACUAAAUGCAUCUGAAGCAAUCUUGACUCUGAGUUGCACCUUGUUUUCUCUUCACAGGGGUUUAGUUUGUUGUGUGAGACAAACAAUUUAUAAAUUGACAGACAAAUAAUAAUAAAAAAAAAUUCCUGUUGAUUACCACAAUAAAAUAUAUCUCACAAAGCCA